CAGCAAAGCCCUAGAAAAUCCAUGCAGUGUGAAAGUUCCUUUUAGAACAAGAACAAGGCAAUCCUCAUGAUGAGUUCCCCUUCUUCCAACUUGAGGAAAACUCGAGUUCCGAAAGAAUGUCCAACUCCUCCGAGGAAGAAUCCCACAACAAUUUGCAGCAGAAACCAAUUGUGCCAUCUUCAAGUAAAGGUGAGAGCGCGCCAACGGGAACGAAGAAGAGGCGAAGCCUUCCAGGAAAUCCAGACCCUGAUGCGGAAGUAAUAGCUCUCUCGCCACAUACACUCUUGGCGACAAACCGCUACAUAUGCGAAGUGUGCCACAAAGGUUUCCAAAGGGAUCAGAAUCUUCAACUCCAUAGGAGAGGCCACAACCUGCCAUGGAAGCUAAAACAGAGAAGCGGUACAGAAUCCAAGAAGAGGGUGUAUGUGUGCCCAGAGGUCAGUUGCACACACCACGACCCCAGCAGGGCUUUGGGGGACCUCACAGGGAUUAAAAAGCACUACUCGAGGAAGCACGGGGAGAAGAAGUGGAAGUGUGAUAAGUGCUCAAAGAGGUAUGCGGUUCAGUCGGAUUGGAAGGCUCACUCAAAGAUAUGCGGCACCAAGGAGUACCGCUGUGACUGCGGAACAAUUUUCUCGAGGAAGGACAGUUUUGUGACACACCGCGCGUUCUGCGAUGCAUUGGCAGAAGAGAACGCCAGAGUCAACCACAGCCUCACGACCAUGGUGGGAAAUUUGCAGAGCCAACCCCAAGACAUGCUUUCCCAUUCGAUGCCUAGUUUAAGUUCCUCAACUGCAGAUACGCUUAUGAACUCUUCUACUUCUGACCAGAAUCCUAACAACCCUCUUCGAUCUUUAUCACUGAAUCCACUAAUAGAAAGAAGCUCUGAGAUGUUAUCUAGCCAGAUCGCAUCAAAAGAUUCUUGGUUCCAACUAAGCGGAGGCGGUUCGAGCAGCCAUUAUAUGCCAAUGGGUUCUGCUUCUGCUUAUAUGUCUGCAACUGCUUUACUACAGAAAGCUGCAGAGCUAGGAGCAAAGGCCAGUGAUGAUUCGCUCUCGCCUAUACUUCUGCGAGGCUUCACCGGCUACUCAACCACUACAACUAGGUUUCCUCGGUCUGUGCAAGAGCCUGUCAAUGAUCACUUCGAAACUUCCGGAUUGAUGUGGAACGUUCCUAAUUUGGGCAAUCAAAGUACCUUUCAGACGAACUCAAAAGGGAAUAGAAAUGAUAAUAACACUCAUGAAGGAGAGAUGCAGCAAGGUAAUAAUUUUCAUCAAGAAAUAUCAAGGGAAAGAGAUGUGAGAAUGACCCAAGAUUUUUUGGGACUAGGGCCUGUUGGAACUAUUGGAAUAAGUGGUCAUAGCUACGACAACGACCCAGUAGUACUGAAUUAUUCUGAUGGACAGCAGGAGAAUCAACAGGAUAUCUAUUCUUAUCAUCAGAUGCCUCAUGGUUCGACCGCAUUGGAGAAACCAAUGUGGGAUUUCUGAAGUAGUUCAUUUUGUUCAUUUUAGCUCUUAUCCAAUGCGGGAAUUCUGAAGUAGUUAAUAUUAGCUCUUACAGUUGCUCUUGCCAUUUCCCAUAGAGUUUCUUAACUGGCUGUUGACAACCAGCAGUUCGAACAGUAAUCUUACACAUCCUAUUAGCACUAAAUAAUCCUGUCGGUGGUGUUUACAAUCAAGUGGAUUUCAAAUUGGAAGUUAAUUGGAGUAUUAUUCUUGUGAACGAAGAACAUUCAUUUGCCGAAUUGGAAAUCAAAUUGACUUA